ACCAAACAGACAGACAGACAGACAGACCCCCCAUCAUCAUUACCAUCAACCAGACGUUAUUGACUUUUUCUGACAAAACAUUCGACAUUUUAAAUACCAGCAUGUCUUCCAGGACUCUGCCGCUGCUCUUCAUCAAUCUCGGAGGCGAAAUGCUUUACAUCCUGGACCAGCGACUUCGAGCUCAGAACAUCCCCGCUGACAAAGCUAAGAAAGUUAUGAAUGACAUCAUUACAACCAUGUUCAACAAAAAGUUUCUGGAGGAGCUUUUCAAGCCGCAGGAGCUUUAUUCCAAGAAGGCCCUACGAACUGUUUUUGACAGGCUGGCCCAUGCAUCCAUAAUGAGGCUCAAUCAAGCUAGUAUGGACAAGCUCUAUGAUUUGAUGACCAUGGCUUUCAAAUAUCAGGUACUUCUUUGCCCCAGACCAAAGGACAUCCUCCUCGUCUCCUUCAACCACAUGGAUGCGAUCAAAGACUUUGUGAAAGACACUCCCAGCAUUCUCGGCCAGGUUGAUGAAACUUACCAGCAGCUCGUGGAGAUGUAUACCCCAUUGUGUAAUGGCGAAUUCCAGCUUAUUAGACAAACUCUUCUGAUCUUCUUUCAAGACAUGCAUAUAAGGGUGUCCAUUUUUUUGAAGGAUAAAGUGCAGAAUUCAAAUGGCCGCUUUGUGCUUCCCACCAGUGGUCCUGUGCCUCAUGGAACACAAGUCCCUGGGUUGAUAAGGAUUUUUAGUUGUACUGGCGAGGAAGUGACCAGACAGCGGUUUAAUAAUGGAGGAAACUACGCUUCUGCACUCCGCGAAGGGUCUUUUGAUAUUUUUGGAGAUAGAGUCACAAAACUGGGGACAAACAUGUACAGUGUAAGCCGCCCUGUGGAAACUCACAUGUCUGGCACGUCUAAAACUUCUGCCCAGCACACAAAGGUCAAUGCUGCUCCGAACCCUCUGGCCAAAGAGGAACUGAAUCUGCUAGCCAGGCUAAUGGGAGGUUUAGACGUUCAGAAACCAGGACACAAAGACACUGGCUUCCGAGUAAACCUUUUUGCCACAGAUGAAGAGGAGGAAGAAGCAUUAAUGUCGAGACCCGAUGAGUUUUCAUAUGGAGUCAUAAACAUCCAAGCAACAAAGGACCAACAAGCCAAUGCAGAACUGACUAAGAUCAUGGGAGAGUUCACAGAGUCUGGAAACCAGUCUCCCACUGCCAGCAGCAAAGGAGAUGACCUUUUGGCCAUGAUGGACGGUCUGUGACAUUGUCACUCUGUCAUUAACGCCCAGGGGGUUGGACCAAUUGUAUUACAAAGUCUACACCACUGAAGAUCAUCCUGCAGUCCGUGUCUGCAGAUACACGCAGCGACCUCGCAUGCAGCCAGAGGACUGUCUUCUCGGGUUGCUUUUAAGAUGUUGAUGUGAGCAGGUGCUGCCAGUGGUUGACACAUAAGCAGCUACGUGAUUUGCAAUUAACAAAAAAGUUGAUGUGGUGAUCUGAGCUUCCAGCUGUUAUAUGGUGUUACAGUUUGCUUCCUGUAAGCGGAGAGCAGAUACAGUGGAACAAGGUGUACACUAAGCUUGAAGAAUAGCAGUGUGUUAACCGUGUGUUUGUACCUUAUUCAAGUUAAGGUAAACAGAACAUGUUUACAGACAGUGUCUUAUUUAGAGUUUAAGUUAAAUAUUGCAAUUCAUGUAAACAUAGCGUGAUUAUAUCAUAAAUAUCAGUCGCAGUCACAGUAUUUUUAUUUUUCACAUUUUAUUCCCGUUGCAAGUAUCUUAUCUUAUACACAUGGUGAGAAGGGUUUAGUUCAAUACUUCUGUAUGCUAGUUAAUGACUCGUCUAACGGUACUGUGGGAGAAUCAGAAGACAAUGAAGUGCUCUUCCUAUUUUGGUUAACCCAAAUCUUUAUUUUGGCUAGAAAUCAGCUUUUUUCCAUCAGAAUUUUCAACCUUUAUAAGAGUACGAGGGCCAACUUUAUACAGUAAAAACUUAUUUCACUAUCCUGUCAUGUCUAUGAAUGCUGAGUGGAAAGAAAGGGUUUCUUUGUGACUGCAUUGGUAUAAUAAAGAACAAUGCAAAAGAAGAAACUAUAAUAUUAAAAAAUAUUCUGUUGCAAAUUGUAUUUAUUGAAUGUAUCAUCUCGUGUAUAGGAAAUUACUGACAAUAUAUAA